GGAAAGCAGACAGUUUCAACACAGACCUUAGUGUGAAGUCACAGUGGUGCCUACAUGUUACUGAAAAUAUAGCAGAACCAGCAAUAUUGUUCUCCCAGAAACCCGGACAGACAGAGUAAACUGCAGUGGACAGUUGUUUGCUACAAUGGCAGCCAUACCAGAGAUGUGGAUCCCGGCAUUGUCCCUACUGCAGCUGGCCCACUGUGCUGUCACCUCCAGGCAUGCUCAAGGAGAGCCUGUGUUGUUGGAUGAGCAGUCAGCAACCUCCUACUUGUCGCGCACACUGCUUUAUAACAGCUGGGACUUUGAGCUGUUGGUGUCUGGCGACUUGGAGAGGGAGUGUCAGGAGGAGAUGUGCAGCCGUGAGGAGGCCAGAGAGGUGUUUGAGGACGACGCUCUAACGGAAGAAUUUUGGACCAAAUAUGUCAACAGUCAAGCGUAUGCACCCAGAUUGGAUGUGUCGGGGCUGGUGGCAGGUAUCCUGGCUGUCCUAGUGUCUGCUGUUAUUGCCACUGUCCUGGGAAUCUACUUCUACAAAGCUAAAAAGAAGGAUGGGCAGACGUCAGCCCAAGCUCCAGUGAGGAUGGCAGCAGAUGGCCGUCCAGCCCCAGAGAUGGUGCCCCUUGCUGGGAUCACUGCUCCAGGUCUACCCAGCUACAAUGAGGCUCUGAACCGCUGUGGGCAGCAUGAUGCCCCACCACCACCUUAUUCAGGGGGUGCGCCGUCAGAGCCCGCUGAUCCUGGAGACAACGAAUAAGAGGGUUGACAGAGCUUCUUCAAAUGGCUAGUGGGAAAGAUUUGAGUCUACCUUUUGAAUGUGUGUGUGUGUGCGUACACAUUGUGCUUAUGCGUGAAGUUAGGUAACAGUCCCAGAAUUAACUCUUCUUAAAAGGUAGAAUGAGAUGUGGAGAGGGUGAGGAACAUGUUUUGCAGUUUCCCCUCACAACUGUAUUGCAUUUGCAGGGUAGUUUUGAGUUGGGGGGAAAAUGGACAAUUUAUUCAUAGAGAAUAAUGGUUUAAUGCAAUAAAUGAAGUAACAAUUACAUAAAGCUCCCAUUAUUUUCUUCACCUUUUGCAACUUGACAGGCCAGUAUAGACAAGUGCAUGUGUGUACAAUUUAAGUCAGGGGAAUGUCUGCACGUCAUUCACAUACUGUAACCUGUGUUUGUUGUUAAUCACAGCAGUUUACUUGUAUUACAGAAAGACUACAGAAGCUGACCACAAUGCUACUACUUUAAUGCUACUCUACAUUGUGUAGCCGUGCACUGGAAUGUGUUUUUGUGUGUGUGUUUGUUACCUCUUUAGGACUUUUUACAGCAUAAGCACUUUGUCAGGACCAGUAAACCUUAUGGGGAGGAUAUCGUCCUAAUGAGGCAAAACAUAAUUUCUGAGGUCCUGGUUAGUGGUAAAAUGGAUAGGAUAAGACAUUCAUUGAUCAUCUUUAAGGUUGGGGAUAAGUUAUAGGCUUUCCACAGUCUUUUCUCUCUCUCCCUCCCUUUCUCCCUCUCGCCCUUGUCAUCAUCAGUCAUUGUGUGUGUGUUCUUCUAAAUAUAUACUAGAAACUAGUAGCAUAGUUACUGCCACUAUGCACAUUGUGGCAUAGUUUACUUUGUUGUUGCUCUUGUGAUAAGCCUAGUGAAUACUAAAGAAGACCAUUGUCUCUGUGUGAACUGUUGAGUUUUUAACAAUUGUGUGAGUGAGGGUAUUAAAAUAAAUUGGUAAGUAAGUCAGAGAUGUUCUACUAUAUUUAAAAAUUAUAAUUAGGAGAAGUGCCCUUUUUCUCAAUUGAGCCCCUGCCCCCCAAAAUGUCUGUGCAUGUCCCUGAUGGUACUGGUAACGGACACCCAGCUACCAAGAGGUCUAUGGCCUGUAGGUAAACUGUCACACAUCAUACACAGUCAUAAUGGAAGGACCCCAACUGUGGAGGUCACAUGUAAGGAGAAGAAGAAUAUUGCACCAUUGGCCCAUCUGAUCAUUCUUUCACCAGUUGAACCUAGCUAACUUUAGAUUUGUUAUUUGAAUUCAAAUUGACCAUUUGAAGGGAUGGCUAUUAAUAUAUAUUAUUAUUAUUAUUAUUAUAACUGGUGCAGCUGUCAUUAAUGACUUAGACUUACAUCUAGUAAGUAUCAUUAUCAUUUUGACUAUAACAAACAAUCAGACAGUGAUUCAAUUACAGUUAAACAACUGUUCCUAUAGUCUCUCCACUCCCCACCCCCAACUGUCUUCACUCCCAUCUUUUCCACCCACCCCUCCCCUGUUUUUCUCUGCACAUCCACCAAAGUGCUUCCUUGCUUGUAAGGUCUGGUGCUGCUCAGGGGUUCCUCUAACCAAAAGGUCGGCAGUUUGAUCCCAGCCUUUACUAGUCCGCAUGGGCAAGAUACUGAACCACAAAUUAUUUCCCUUCUUAUAGAGAAAGUGCUGCACAUAGAUGCACUGUAUGAAUGGGUGAGUGCAAAAGUCCACAGCUGUACUAUAAAAGCGCUAUGCAAAAAUCUACCGUUUACUAUCUAAAGUGCCUUGAGAUAAUAUUGUGAUUUGGUGCAAUGCAAAUAAAAUUGAAUUGAAUUUAAAA